AUGAUAGGCCCACGCUUGGGGCUGUUGGUUACCCAACUGCUCAUUCAUUUCAGCAUUUCCUCCCCUCAGUCUCCAUCCAUUCCUCUCCUUGAGACUCAUUUCCUUCUCCCACCCCUCACUCCCCCUCCCUGCUCUUCAUUCUCCGUGUUUGCCCCUCUUCAUCCCUCCCUGCACCUCAUAAUCUCUCCCCCACCCCUCACUCCCCCUCCCUGCUCUUCAUUCUCCGUGUUUGCCCCUCUUCAUCCCUCCCUGCACCUCAUAAUCUCUCCCCCACCCCUCACUCCCCCUCCCUGCUCUUCAUUCUCCGUGUUUGCCCCUCUUCAUCCCUCCCUGCACCUCAUAAUCUCUCCCCCACCCCUCACUCCCCCUCCCUGCUCUUCAUUCUCCGUGUUUGCCCCUCUUCAUCCCUCCCUGCACCUCAUAAUCUCUCCCCCACCCCUCACUCCCCCUCCCUGCUCUUCAUUCUCCGUGUUUGCCCCUCUUCAUCCCUCCCUGCACCUCAUAAUCUCUCCCCCACCCCUCACUCCCCCUCCCUGCUCUUCAUUCUCCGUGUUUGCCCCUCUUCAUCCCUCCCUGCACCUCAUAAUCUCUCCCCCACCCCUCACUCCCCCUCCCUGCUCUUCAUUCUCCGUGUUUGCCCCUCUUCAUCCCUCCCUGCACCUCAUAAUCUCUCCCCCACCCCUCACUCCCCCUCCCUGCUCUUCAUUCUCCGUGUUUGCCCCUCUUCAUCCCUCCCUGCACCUCAUAAUCUCUCCCCCACCCCUCACUCCCCCUCCCUGCCCCUCAUUCUCGGUGUUUGCGCCUCAUCCUCCCUCUCUGCACCUCUUUCCCUUUCCCCCACCCCUCAUUCUCCCUCCCUGCCCCUCAAUUGUUUUUUCCCCGCCCCAGAUUCACCCUCCCUGCCCCUCAAUUCUCUUUCCCCACCCCACAUUCUCCCUCCCUGCACCUCAUUCUCUUUGCCCACCCCUCAUUCUCCCUCCCUGCCCCUCAAUCUCGAUGUUUGCCUCUCAUCUUCCUUUCCUGCUCCUCAUUCUCUUCCCCCCACCCCUCAUUCCCCCGACCUGCCCCUCAUUUGCACUACUGUGCCCUCGACACCCAGGCCAUGAAGUCCCUCUUGAGCGAUUCCCGCAACGCUCAAGGACUCGUCACACGAGCCCAUCGGAAGAUUGUUAA